AUGGUUUUGAAAAGAGUCCUGUCGAAGAGCAUUUUAUCUACACCUAAAUUUGCAAGAAAUUUGUGUAUUUACGCAUUGAAGGCCUCCUUCGAAAAGCAAGGGAGCUUCAUGCAUUCUCAGUGGAGCAGCUCCACUUCGGUUCAAACAAGAGCCGCCAAGGUGUUGGAGCAGCUCAGUGGCCAAACCCCUGUGUUUUCCAAAGCUAGGUACACUGUCCGUUCUUUUGGUAUUAGAAGAAAUGAAAAGAUUGCAUGCUAUAUUACUGUUAGAGGUGACAAGGCAAUGCAGCUUUUGGAGAAUGGUUUGAAGGUGAAGGAAUAUGGACUUCUGCGAAAAAACUUCAGUGAUACUGGGUGCUUUGGCUUUGGUAUUCAAGAGCAUAUUGAUCUGGGAAUAAAGUAUGAUCCUUCAACUGGUAUAUACGGCAUGGAUUUCUUUGUUGUUCUGGAACGCCCUGGUUACCGUGUUGGACGUCGUCGUCGGUGCAAGUCUCGUGUUGGGAUCCAGCAUCGUGUCACAAAAGAUGAUGCUAUGAAGUGGUUCCAGGUGAAAUAUGAAGGUUUUAUCCUCAACAAGGCGCAAGCGGUUUUCUAGACCGAGCUAUAUUGUCUAUGGAAUUUGCAAGUUUUGUUGAUUAUAACUUGAUGUUUAUUGAACUAAGUAGCUUAAAUUUCUAGAAUAUUAAUGUGUCUGGUUAUGAACUUUUGUAUGGAGUUUAUUUCUGAUCAAUUUAUUUUUGGUUGAUUCAUUCACCAAAA